AUGAGCAAGGGAGGGACGCGGCAUCUCUUUGAUCACAAAACCAGGCCGUGGUACAGCCUGUGGACUCUUUGCCUCCUGCACCGAGAGAUGUCCUGCUGCAGACCCUGUCCCCCACGGCCCUGCGGCCCCUGUGGCCCAACGCCCCUUGCCAGCAGCUGCAGUGAGCCCUGCCUCGCCCGCUGCGCUGACUCCACGGUGUACAUCGAGCCUUCGCCCGUGGUGGUGACCAUGCCGGGCCCCAUCCUCACCUCUUUCCCUCAGAGCACAGCCGUGGGAUCCUCUCUGUCCGCUGCUGUGGGCAGCUCCCUCAGCACCGCGGGGGUUCCCAUCUCUUCUGGGGGCUCCCUUGGCCUGGGGGGGUCAGGCCUGUGUCUGCCUUUGUCCCGCUGCGGGCAGAUCUGCUGA